AUGUCUGCAGACGGCGAGCAGGUGGCUUUUCAGAAGCCCGGUGAUCUGGUGGAGCGCAAUGAAGAAUCUGGCGCAAUGACCAUGGAGUCUCUUUGCAUGAACUGUCAUGAGAAUGGCCGGACAACCUUUCUUCUGAUCAGGAUCCCGUAUUUCCGGGACGUCAUUCUCGAGGCCUUUGAAUGCGAGCACUGUCAUUUCAAGAACAACUCGAUCAAGUCCGCCUCGCAAAUCCAAGAGAAGGGAUCCAUCUACCACUUGGAGGUGGAGAACGAGGCCGAUCUGCAGCGCCAGGUCGUCCGCAGUGACGUCUCCGUCUUCAAGCUCGAGUCCCUCGGUAUCGAGAUGCCCAAGGGUGAGGGCCAACUGACCACCGUCGAAGGUGUCAUCCGGAAGAUCCACGAGAGCCUCUCCAGUGAGCAAGACCUGCGCAAGGAGCAAGCGCCGGAACUCUACGAAGCCCUGGUGCCCAUCAUUGCCAAGCUCGAGAAGAUCCUCGAGUCCGACGCCUCGGCUUUCCCCUUCACCAUCAGCCUCGACGACCCCACCGGCAACUCCUGGAUUGCCCCGACCACCUCGGACGCCGGCCACAAGUACCGCCGUCGCGACUACCUGCGCACCCAUGAACAGAACGAGGAGCUCGGUAUUGCCGGUGACCCCAAUGCUGUUCAAAACGAGCAGCAGGGAAACCCCGAGGAUGAGGAGAUCGUGCCGGGCCAGGUCUAUUCUCUCCCGGCGGAGUGUCCCGCUUGUGCUAAGCCUUGCACGGUAAAUAUGAAGCAGGUUGAGAUCCCUCAUUUCAAGGAGGUUCUCGUCUUCGGAACCAACUGCGACCACUGCGGCUACAAAUCCAGCGACGUCAAGACCGGCGGCAGCGUCCCCGAAAAGGGCAAACGCAUCACCCUUCGGGUCGAGAACGAGGUCGAUCUCGCCCGUGACAUCCUCAAGAGCGACACCUGCGCGUUGAGUUCGGAGGAGCUCGAAGUCCGUGUCGAACCCGGCACGCUUGGCGGCCGCUUCACCACCGUCGAGGGUCUCCUGACGGAGAUCCGCGACCAGCUGCACGGCCAGAUCUUCGAUUUCGCCGACACCAGCGCUGGGGACAGUCUGGCUGACUCCGACAAGGAGAAGUGGGACCGCUUCUUCAAGCGUCUCGAUUUGGCUAUCAGCGGCGAGCUGAAAUUCAACAUCACGCUGGAGGAUCCCAUGGCGAGCAGCUACGUCCAGGAUCUGUGUGCGCCGGCCAAGGACGAGCAGAUCACGACGGAAGAAUACACUCGCACGGAGGAGGAAGAGGAGGAGCUUGGCCUCAAGGAUAUGAAGACCGAGGGCUACGAGGCUGAUGCAGACCAAAAGGAGGAGGAGAAGCCCGCCGAGCAGUAGUGAGGAUGGACUCGACUCGAUACCCAUAGACUUUUUCCUUCUUCUUGUUUAUAAUGUUGAUAUAUUUUGGGGUUGUUUCACGAUGCUCAUGAUUCAUACACGGUGUUUCCGUCGCCAUUCUUCUGUUUACAAUUGCCGUUCUUUGAGAGUGAGCAUUGUACAGUUGGUGUGGCUGGCUAUGGAGCGGGUUUUUUGUCUAGUGCAUAUACAACAAAAGUUUUCCAUGGGGAUGAGCCAUGACGUCUUUCUGAUUGUAUUAGACUUCCUAAUCAUACGCAGUAUUUGUGAG